AGGAAGUGAAACUCAGACGGUCGUUGACACUGAGAGGUGAAAUGGAGCAGAAAGCAGUUCAGCUGGACCGAGAGACUUUCUCUUGUCCGAUCUGUUUGGAUCUACUGAAGGAUCCGGUGACGACUCCCUGUGGACACAGCUACUGCAAGAACUGUAUUAAUGAUCACUGGGACACAGAGCAUGAGAAGAGGAUCUACAGCUGCCCUCAGUGCAGGAAGAGCUUCACACCGAGGCCUGAGCUGCUGAUAAACACCAUGUUGGCAGCUUUAGUGGAGCAGCUGAAGAAGACUGGACUCCAAGCUGCUCCUGCUGAUCUCUGCUGUGCUGGAGCUGAAGAUGUGGCCUGUGAUGUCUGCACUGGGAGGAAACUGAGAGCAGUUAAGUCCUGUCUGCAGUGUCUGGCCUCUUACUGUGAGAAACACCUCCAGCCUCAUUAUGAAUCAGCUGCUUUGAAGAAACACAAGCUGGUGGAGCCGUCAGAGAAGCUCCAGGAGAACAUCUGCUCUCGUCACGAUGAGGUGAUGAAGAUGUUCUGCCGUACUGAUCAGCAGUGUAUCUGUUAUCUCUGCUCUGUGGACGAACAUAAAGGCCACGACACAGUGUCAGCUGCAGCAGAGAGGACUGAGAGGCAGAGAGAGCUGGAGGGGAGUCGACACAACAUCCAGCAGAGAAUCCAGGACAGAGAGGAAGAUGUGAAGCUGCUUCAACAGGAGGUGGAGGCCAUCAAUGGCUCUGCUGAUAAAGCAGUGGAGCACAGUGAGAAGAUCUUCACCCAGCUGAUCCGUCUCAUGGAGGAAAGACGCUCUGAUGUGAAGCAGCAGGUCAGAUCCCAGCAGGAAACUGAAGUGAGUCGAGUCAAAGAGCUUCAGGAGAAGCUGGAGCAGGAGAUCACUGAGCUGAAGAGGAAAGACGCUGAGCUGAAGAAGCUCUCACACACAGAGGAUCACAACCAGUUUCUACACAACUACCCCUCACUGUCAGCACUCAGUGAGUCUACACACUCAUCCAGCAUCAACAUCCGUCCUCUCAACUACUUUGAGGAUGUGACAGCAGCUGUGUCAGAGCUCAGAGACAAACUACAGGACGUCCUGAGAGACACAUGGACCAACAUCUCACUGACAGUGACUCAAGUGGAUGUUUUACUGUCACUACCAGAACCCAAGACCAGAGCUGACUUCUUAAGAUAUUCAUGUGAAAUCACACUGGAUCCAAACACAGCAAACACAUAUCUGUUAUUAUCAGAGAGGAACAGAAAAGCAACAGUCACAAGUCAAGAACAGUCUUAUCCUGAUCAUCCAGACAGAUUCACUGGGUGGCUUCAGGUCCUGAGCAGAGAGAGUCUGACUGGACGUUGUUACUGGGAGGUGGAGAGGAGAGGAGGAGUUGGUGUAGCAGUCGCAUACAAGAAUAUCAGCAGAGCAGGAAGCUCAGAGGAAUGUAGAUUUGGACUUAAUGAAAAAUCCUGGAUGUUAUAUCAUAACAGAAACAGUUAUAUUUUUUGGUACAACAAAGUCCAAACUCCCGUCUCAGGUCCUCGGUCCUCCAGAGUUGGAGUGUACCUGGAUCACAGUGCAGGUAUUCUGUCCUUCUACAGCGUCUCUGACACCAUGACUCUCCUCCACAGAGUCCAGACCACAUUCACUCAGCCGCUCUGUGCUGGACUUCGGUUUUAUGGUUUCUAUUUACACUCAAACUCUGCUGAGUUUUGUGAACUCAAAUAGUCUGAAGUCAUUUCAGGGUCAGUGGGUUAAAUUUUGUGUUUCAGUUCUUCAGACUUGUGUUUCCAUCAUUGUUGCUGAGAGCUGAUUGUUGUGGCAUUUCUUCACUGCACACAGAUCACCUGUCAAUCAAACACUGUGGGCGGUACUUUGACGCCUUCUUGUUCUGUAAAUGUUGGACUUUCUUCAGGCGGCGCUCCUUCCUGUGUCUGUUCAGCCACGGAGGCUCUCGCUGCUCAUGAUGACUUCACUUCACAUGAUCAUAAUCAAUAAGGAGAUGCUUCAUUAUUUGCUUGUACAUAGCUGAGAUUCUGCUCCAACACACUGACUGUGUGGAUGAAGUGAAUCUGCUGUUUAACAGACUUUACUGACGGAACGUGUGAACAAACUGUAAAGUGUGUCGGUGUUUUGCUGUUUUGAACAAAGGACGGUUCAGAUUUUGAUUUUCUUUGUAUUUUGUUCAAUUCACUGAUUCUUCCAUAUUUUAAGGUGCAGGGAAACUCGUCUGUGACUCGUACUAAACCUUUGUAUGUCUCAGAGAAAAGAGCAAUAAGACUUAUUAUCAAGGUGGAUGUAAGAAAACACAGCAACAGACUGUUUAUCAGGUCACACGUGAUGAAAUUUAAAGAUUCAGUUGAUUUAAAAACAUCAUCAAUCGUGUGUAAAGACAGAAAUCAGCUAAAAAUCUACAGAGGAUGUUUAUGUUAACGAAAUUAAAUUUUGAAAGUCUUUAUAGUGUAGUGAUUUAAAGCAGAGAAACUGUGUAACAUGCUGCUUAAUUAUUCAAUCUGAGAGGAUUUAAAAGGUAAAAAUAAGAAGUCAUGAGCUUAUUGAGUAACAUGUAUGUUAAGAUGACUGUUAUUGAUCGUAUCUGAGUUGAUUUGUGAAAAUAGAAGUGAACAAUAAAGUGACGUUCAUCAGUAUCUACAGUAUCUGGUGUUGUUGUUAAGAAAGGAGCAGCUCAUAGAGGUUUUUAUUCUUCCAGCUCCUGUUUGGUUCAUUGAAUGUGUUGAAGUGUAACUGGGUGAAGAAGCUUUUCAGAAAUAAAUUCUCACUCAGGUUAAGGAUCGCUCUCCAACACGUUCAAAUGUUCACGUGUUCUUUUUUUGUUUUUUGUCGAGUGUUACAUAGAUGUGACAACACAGCCGUGUUUUCAGAGACAGUCUCUGUUUUCAAAAUAGCGCCAUGUAGUUUUGGAGUUGUCAGAAUUUUAAUACUACUAAUUUUAAUGUGAUA